UCUUCUCUCUCUCAUAAGAGAGCUUGAGCCUUGAGCCUUGAGCCUUGAGCCUUAAGCUUUAAGCUUCUUUCUUCGAAAACCAAAACCCAAAACCCUUGAAACAAAAUUUCAAACCCCAAAAUCCCAAAUGGGUAAGUACAUUAGGAAGGCCAGAACGGCAGGGGAGGUUGCCGUAAUGGAACUCUCCCAGGCUUCUCUCGGGGUUCGGACCAGAGCCAAAACCCUCGCCCUUCAACGCCUACAGCAAUCCUCCACUUCUUCUCCGCCUACGGUUGUUUCGGCUCCGGCUACAGGAGACGGCUCGUUUCUCCAGCUGCGGAGUCGACGGUUAGAGAAACCGCCGCUUGUGGUGCACCACCAUGUUUCGAAGAGGCACAAGCAGCAGCAACAGGGGAGUAAGAAGGAUAGCUGUGUGCAGAAUCCUAACCCUAAUUCGUAUUCUAGGGUUCGACCGUGUGGCGGCUCGAAUUCGGAAAAGAAAAAAGGUGAAGACAUUGUGCAAGAAGAUAAUGGAAAUGAUAAUAUUAUUAACUACAGCAAUCUUAACAACAAUCAUAAUGAAAGCAAUGAUUUUGGUGGUGUUGAAGCUUCUUUUGGGGAAAAUAUUUUGGACAUGGAAGCUAGAGAGAGGGGCACUAGGGAAUCAACUCCUUGCAGCUUGAUAAGGGACUCGGAGAGUAUAAGAACCCCAGGUUCUGCUACUAGGCCUCCCAACUCAGCAGAUACUAACCAGAGAGUACAGAAUUCAACGUGGCGACAUACACCAACAUCACAUGAAAUGGAUGAGUUCUUUUCUCUCACAGAAGAAGACCAGCAAAGACAAUUCAUUGAGAAGUACAACUUUGAUCCAGUGAAAGAUAAGCCACUUCCCGGGCGUUAUCAAUGGGAGAAAAUGGACCCCUAAACGAUCAUUAACAUUCCAUCAGGACCCAUAUUUCCUGCUAGAAUCUCAGUUGAUCUUAAAAUUAGGUAUUUUCAGCUAGCAGGAUUUAGUACUAGUUGUAAAGUUGUAAAGGCUGACGGUGUUAGUUCCAUGUUCCAUCUCCCUUAUUUUACUUGUAAAAAAAGUAGGACCUUUGAAGAAAUGUGUCGACUAACUGUUUGUAACAAAACAACGGUAACGAUUUACAUAUACACAAAAAAAUACGAAUCGAAUCCUUUGUUUAACAGAUCAUCUGAGAAGGGAAGGGAAUGAGGGUGUAGGUUAGAGUUUAGGAGCUUUAGGGUCUGUUGAUUUGUUAGAGUUUCGUCCUUGUUUGUUUAUACUUGUACUGAUGGAACUUUGAAACACUCUUUGGACUAAACAUGAUCCCUUUCUUUUUAUCUCCAUGCGAGACACUGGUUACUUUGGCCAUUUCAUGUCCAUGCGAGACACUGGUUACUUUGGCCAUUUCAUGAACUCAAUGAUGAUGAUGCAUCCCGUGACAAUGAGCAGAUGCUGUUGUUUUAUCGAGUCAUAACUGACUGCUUCCAUUAAACCUCUCAUGUAUAAAAUGGUUGAUGGUAUUUCAGGUACUGGUGGGGAUAAGCUUUCCUAUUGGUAAUGCAUUGGAAGGUUCUUGUAUUUCAUUAUCAUGUCCAUUUUGUUACUUUAAUUUUGUUUCUUGGGAGAAUUGUCAAUUUAAACAGGCUAAAGAUGCUCAAAAAUGGAGGAUAGAGAUUAUUACAUGAUACAAAGGGGUAUGUUUUAAUCUUUUUCUUA